CUGGGGCAUGUCCUCACCGUCCAGCUGCUACCCAUAGGCGGGGAAAUUAGUAGGUUAUGACUCAGGUAAAAUUCAGACGUUUACACUUUCUGAAAAUUAAGAAGUAGUUUUUUAGCAUAUGUUUGCACUCGUUUGUUUUAUGAGAGAAUGAAAUAAUGUAUUGAGCAGUUUAAAAGCCGACUGCUUCUAGCUGAGUACAUAGUGGUAGAUGUAAUCUAGUCCAGACUUGGCCAGCUGGCUACCGUGCACCGUGUUACUGCAGCCUGCCUGCCUGCUGUCGUACUGUGUGGCAGUAAUCAUAGAUAUGAGUGCCGUGGUGUAUGUUUUGUCGACGGUUACGGGAUAUGUCCUCACCUCCGCGCUAUUACUGAGAUGUCCGUCACUACUUCACCGGAGAAGGCGAGAGACAUUCCGCAGCAGACACAUAUCGCACCGCGGCGGUGCCGGGGAGAACCUGGAGAACACAAUGGCAGCCUUUAGGCAUGCUGUGGAGCUUGGCACUGACAUGCUGGAGCUGGACUGCCAUCUGACCAAGGACGAGCAGGUGGUGGUGCUACAUGAUUCCAACCUGAGGAGACUGACUGGUGUUGACGCAGACAUUUCAGAUGUGCGCUAUGCUGAUCUUCCACCUUACUUGUGUAAGCUUGGGGUUACUUUCAAGCGAGAGUGCUUCGUUGAAGGGGGCGGCAGCCGUCGCAUCCCCCUGCUGAGAGAUGUCUUUGAGGCCUUCCCGAGCCUCCCCAUUAACAUAGACAUCAAAGUGAAUGACGACAGGCUCAUUAGGAAGGUCUCUGAGAUGGUCAUAAAAUAUGACAGAGAGCAUUUGACCGUAUGGGGCAACUCCAGAGAUCAAAUAGUGCAGAAGUGUUACAAAGAGAACCCACGGAUCCCGGUGCUGUUCAGCCUGUCCCGUGUCCUGCUCCUCCUGGGGAUGUUCUACACCGGGCUCCUGCCCUUUGUCCCGCUGAAGGAGCAGUUCCUGGAGAUCCCCAUGCCCUCCAUCACCACCAAACUACGGGACCCCAGGCAGAGCACACGGAGUGAACGCUUCAUCACUUGGCUUGCAGACAGCCUGCUCAUGAGAAAAGCUUUAUUUGACCAUCUAACUGCUAGAGGAAUACAGGUAUAUGUUUGGGUGCUCAAUGAUGAGGACGACUUCAAACGAGCUUUUGACCUCGGAGCUACAGGUGUGAUGACUGACUACCCAACGAAGCUGAAAGAGUUCAUGGAGAAGACCGACCUUCCAAAACCUGAGUUAACCUCUUAAAGCAGCCAGAUAGCUCCAGUGUAGGUUUGUUUGUUUUCUACUGCCUUUUCCCUACCUUUUCUGUAGGCCUUUCAGUGUAUCUUCCUCUCUUGUUUUUGCACAUUUGCAUUAGUGUGAUGUAACAGGAGAGGCUGCUGAGAACGUGAUGACCACUUGAAUAAGAUCGACUGUCUCAGAUGUUUAAUAGCUAUCUCCAACCAGCCAGUAGAUCAUGUGGCAGG